CGAUCCCUCCCUACCCACCAUCCGGUUGUACGGACUACGGAGCACACACGGUCGCCAACGGCUGUUCCGCACGUGGAAGAAUGGCUACCCCGGAUGUCGCCCCUCACUUUGGGGCGGAGUUGAAGGAUUCGUUUAAACCGGUCAACAAUUGGGUGUCGAAUGGUAUCGGAUGGCUGGAUGAGAUACAACAGUUUUACCGCGAGCGCAGCGCAAUCGAGAAGGAGUAUGCGGCAAAGUUAACGGCGCUAUGCAAGAAAUACUACGACCGCAAAGCCAAGAAAAUCAGCAGUUUGAGUGUCGGAGACACCCCUAGCAUGACCCCGGGCUCCCUCGAAAGUGCCUCACUUACCACGUGGUCGACACAAUUGAGCGCCGUGGAAUCGCAUGCCACUGAACGGGAUCACUUCGGUAACGACCUGCUUGUACAUGUCGCAGAGCCGCUCAAACAAGCUGCGAACCAGUACGAAGAGCUCAGGAAGUGUCAUGUUGAUUUCCAUGCCAAGCUCGAGAAGGAGAGGGACUCCUCGUACAGUGACCUGAAGAAGGCGAAGGGUAAAUAUGAUGGCGCGUGCCAGGAAGUGGAGGCAAGGCGGAAGAAGAUGGAAUCUUCGUUCGACCACAGUAAGCCUAAGGCCCAGGCAGCGUACCAACAGCAGAUAUUGGAGAUGAACAACGUUAAGAACACAUAUCUCAUCAGUAUUAAUGUGACGAACAAGAUGAAAGAGCGAUUCUACCACGAAUAUGUGCCGGAGCUACUUGAUGGCCUGCAAGACCUUAACGAAACACGUGUAACGAAGCUGAACUCGCUCUGGACAUUGGCCGCACAACUCGAGAAGAAUUACCUGUCGAAGAGUGUGGACCACAUGGCAAACCUCAUCAAUGAGAUUCCGCGCAACGUUCCACACCUGGACUCGCUCAUGUUCCUGCGCCACAACGUCACACAAUCACAGGAGCCGGCCAACAUGACCUUCGAGCCGAGCCCAAUCUGGCACGACGACGACGCUCUCAUCACCGACGAGGCGGCCAAGGUCUUUUUGCGCAACCUUCUCAGCAAGAGCAAGACACAGGUGCGAGAGCUGAGAGUCGAGGCGGAUACGAAGCGACGCGAGGUGGAAACCGCCAGACGGGUCCGGGAAAGCAUCCGACAGGGCACGGACAAGCGCAACGAGGUGGAAGUUGUCCGAUCUAUAUUCUUCCAGCAGGAGUCCCUGCAUGAAGUUGACCGCCGGCGCCUGACUGCCGAGGUGGAAACCUCUACCAUCAUAUCGGCGGUGGGCGAUCUUUCGCUCGGAGCGCGCAACCACAAUUUCAAGUCGCAGACGUUCAAGAUACCGACCAACUGCGACCUGUGUGGAGAAAGGAUAUGGGGAUUAUCCGCCAAGGGCUUCGACUGCCGGGACUGCGGAUACACCUGUCAUAGUAAAUGUGAAAUGAAGGUACCGGCUGAGUGCCCGGGUGAGCAGACCAAGGAAGAAAAGAAGAAGCUGAAAGUGGAGCGACAAGAACAAGCCAACGCCGCCCCAGCACCACUUGAUCUAGAGCCGACCACGAGCUCAUCCACUGCGCCAUCACUCACCCGCAAAGACACGAUGAACUCGCUGAGCUCCGGCUACGCCGUCAGUGCCAACCGAUCUAUGUCCAAUGCCGCACAAUCUCCCACCACGACCGCAACGGAGCUUCCCACACCCGUCGCAGAGAGCAAGCCCGCCCCAGCACGGAAGAACCGCAUUCUUGCACCGCCACCGGCACAGUACAUCAGUGGUCCGCCCGCCAAUGACUCGGCCCCGGCGCUAAGCUCCAAGCCCAACGAGCAGCAUGGCAAGAUGCUGUAUGCAUACCAAGCGGGCGGAGCUGACGAGGUGACUGUUCAGGAAGGGGACGAUAUCGUCAUCCUGGAGCCAGAUGAUGGAUCCGGCUGGAUGCGCGUGAGGUCCGGCGGCGAAGAAGGGCUCGUCCCUGCUUCCUAUGUGGAAGCUGGGCCCGCACCUUCACCCGUGCCGUCUGCCAGCCCCGGCUUCACGGCUGACCGGCCGGGCUCAACGUACUCGAACUCCUCGGCCUCGCUGACAGGCGGCGGCGGCGCCGGGGGCAACAAACGGGUCGGACCAGCUGUAGCACCGCGCCGGGGCGCCAAGAAGCUUCAGUAUGUGGAAGCGCUGUAUGACUACGACGCGCGCAGCGACAUGGAAUGGAGUAUGGUGGAAGGCGACCGGUUCGUGCUGGUGAACCGGGAUGGCGGAGAUGGAUGGGCGGAUGUUGAGCGGGGCGGGGUGACGAAGAGCGUACCGGCGAACUACAUCCAGGAGGUGUGAUGAUAUUCCCACGACCUGCAGGGGGUGAGGCAGGCUGCACCUUUCACAUACGUUGUUUUGAUUUGGUUGUUAUUGUUACAUUGCAUCGGGAAGCCUGGGAGCUGGUUUGUCUGUAGUUUUUGCUUGUUUUGGUUUUGGCCGUUGUUGUUGCUUUUGGCUACUGUCUAUAUCCCCCGGCAUAUUCCUAGGUGAUAGUAGGUAGAUGUGAGGCGAGACAUGCACAGUGCACAGUACACAGUGCAGCAGAGCUAGCAGAGCUAGGAGGGGGUGGAAGUAGAUGGAUGGAGAUAUCUGUACAUAGGGUUGUUUAAGUGCGUGUUGUGAAUAUGGCAUGACAGUG